UUUGCUGGUUAGAGUCCUCGCGCAGCAGCAGAGUCACUCGCGAGCAGGAAAGGGUUGCAAAAGAGUUGCGUUAUUUGGGUUUUUUUGAAACCCAACUCGGUAACGCCUGCGUAGACGCGUCGCUAUUUUACUUCUGUUCAUCUUAGGCGGUUUGCCUAAAUACUCUCGCGUGUCCGUGAAACAUGCCGUCAGAAAAGACGUUCAAACAAAGAAGGACCUUUGAACAGAGAGUGGACGAUGUCAGACAUAUUCGAGAGCAGCACCCCAGCAAGAUUCCGGUCAUCAUUGAGAGGUACAAGGGGGAAAAACAACUGCCUGUUCUGGACAAGACCAAGUUUUUGGUUCCUGACCAUGUGAACAUGAGUGAACUCAUCAAAAUCAUCAGGAGGCGCCUGCAGCUGAACUCCAACCAGGCUUUCUUCCUGCUUGUGAACGGCCACAGCAUGGUGUCCGUGUCCACAGCCAUCUCCGAAGUGUAUGAGCGGGAGCGGGAUGAAGAUGGCUUCCUGUACAUGGUCUACGCCUCUCAGGAAACCUUUGGAAGUGCGAUGCCUUAGUAGAACCUUCCUGCUCUCACUUACGGACAAUGAGCUUCCAGCAUAUACACACACACACACACCCUGCAUACACUACCUGGCUCUCACACACACACACACACACACACCCUCACCCUGCAUG